GGACAGUUUAGAGCUGUGCUGGAGGGAUUUCUGUCGAAAUGUGUGGCUUUCGUCGGAAAUUUGGAGGAACUGUAAACUCCCUUCAGGAUACCCCUCUGCUUUUGACAGAAAAUUCCUCAUCUCCAUGGUAACAUGCCCCAACUAGACCCAAAUGACAUUGGCCAGAAUCCAUCCAAUGUUAUCUAAGCUAUCUGACCUGGGUCACACUGAUGAAAAAUUCAAAACACGCCAAUAAUAAUUUUUUUUUUUUUUUUGUAUUGUUAAUAAUCUGUAUUCCUCUGUGGAGUCAGAGUUACCAGCCGGAAAAUUGAUUUUUGUUGUAAUUGGGCAUCACUUCAGAAGGUGUUACUUCAUAUUUUCUUGGGAUAUUGUUUGUUUGUUUGUUUGUUUUUAAGCCAAGAAGCAAACAACUGUUUUGCUCUUUAUUAUUCAUUGCUGGGUCAUAACGUUGAGGCUCCACUCGUUCUUAAUGAAAAUAUAUUAAACUCUGCCGCAUGAGUCCUGAUCUGGUUUGAAACCCAAAACCUCGCUGGCCCAAGAUGCACCAGCUGUUCAGUCAGGUUCUGGAUCAGAGGGAUCUGUCCAGAGCAGGGGAUCUGUUUUCUCUAGAAGAUGCAGAAAUUGAAGACUGUCUGUCUCAGGCUUUGGACAAGAUCAAGGCCAUCUCCUGCUCACUGGAAUAUUUGAACAAUGACAACAACCAAGCUGUGGUGGAGAUCUGCAUAACGCGUAUCACCACAGCUAUAAGGGAGACGGGCUCCAUAGAGAAACACAGCAACGCACUGGUGGGACUGUGGGAGUCGUGUCUGGAACAUAACCUCACACCUCAGGGGGAAAGCACAGACGACACGCCGCAUGCUAAGAUAGCCUCAGACAUCACCAGCUGCAUCCUGCAGAACUACAGUUGUCCUUCGGUCAUGGUGCUCGCCGUCCCUGUAGCUGUGCGAUUCCUGCACAGAGGAAACCGGGAGCUCAGCAGAAACAUGUCCAGUUACCUCUCACUGGCUGCCAUCGCCAAAGCUGAUCUGCUAGCUGAACACACAGAGGCCAUAACUCUCAGUGUCUUAAGAGGUAACCACAUGCUCUUACGAGUGUUGCCGUCCAUUUACCCCAGACAACCUAAUGCCAUGCACCGUCACCUAGGCAACCUUACUGUGAUGAUGCCACAGCUGGAGUCCACAGACCAGAAACACCUGAUCAGGCUCCUUCAGCUGGUUGCUGAGCAACAUCCACUUAUGCUGACUCCACAGGUACCUGCACUAGUUACAUACCUAAGUGACCAUUCCGUAACAGAGGCACUGCUGGGCGUGCUAGUGGACCUGUCACAGGCCUGUCCAUCCUUGUUGGUGAGAUUCCUGCCAGUGCUGAGGGUUGUCGGACAACAACACCUCCCUCUCCUGGGACAUGUGGCCAAAAUCCAUGGUGCUGUGGGAAUCCUCAGUGAGACUCAUGCUCACAGCUCUUUGGUAUACCUGGUGUCUCUGUUGGGCAGCAUGGAGCACAGCUUCCACCACACCGUGCUCCUGGAGGUCAGAGCUCUGGCAGAUCAUUACCCAAAUCUGCUGGGUGGCUGCAAUAAAGACAUUUACAGGAUGAGCAAUUCCUUCACUGCUGUGGCCAGACUUCUGGGGAGACGACUGGAGGAGCGUGCCACCAGGGUGGAGGAGGAAGAAAGCCCACUAUCUCCAUACACAUCUCUCCCAUUAGCAUUGAGAGGAUCAGAGCAGCAGCUGCAGUUGAAGGUUCAGUCAUUAGAGGAGAAAAUAUGGCAGAAGACAGGUGAGGAGGUGGAGGACAAGGACUCUCCUGUCCCAGCUGAACAGUUCAGCCUGAGUCAAACUAUGAGAGAAGAACAACAGGAGAUGAGAUACAGCAGGCCAAACAGUGCGGCUGUCCACACCGUCCUCUCCUGCUCCCGGGAAGGUGGGAAGGAGGUGGAGCUGAGCCUAGACAACAUAUUCUCAGACAGGUUUUCCAAUCAGCAUUCAGAACACCCCGAAGCUCCUCCUACUGAGGCCAAUCUGACGGGAGACACCUUCAUGACUGUUACCGCCCCCUUGGACAGAGUGAUCAAAGAGGCUGAAAAAGGUCACGACAGAGCAGACGAUGGAGGGGAGGAGUGGCGAGAAGAGGCUGACAGACUCUUCAUCCAUCUGAGAGACAACAUGGACAAGAUAAGAGAGUUCUGUAAAGAUAUGGUGCAGCAGAUCCCCAUACCAGAGCAGUGUGUCAUAGAAGAGUCAAAUAGAGGGUGCGUGGCCAAGUUGUCAUUCUGCUGUCCUCUGAAAGGCCAAUACUGUCUGUACGCCAAGUCCUGCUUCUACCUGACCAGCCGACGCCCUCACCUGUGGAUACACCUCAUGCUGCUGCAGCUUCAGAGCAGGUCAAGUGUUCCACUGCACUCCAGGAGCGAGUGCGUCCACAAGCUGGCAUGUCUUUGGGAGAGGACACAGCUGAAAGGAACUCAUAGCUUCAUCAUGGCUAUGACGCAACACACUACCCCACACAGGAAGGAGCUGGACAUUCUUCAGACCCAGCUGGAAGAAGUACGUUUCUUUGACCUGUUUGGCUACAGUGAGGAAGCGGGUGGUUGGCUCUGCUUCAUGUGUAACAAUCCUGAGAAGGCCACAGUUGUGAAUCAGGAGGGACAGCCUCUGAUUGAGGGGAAGCUAAAGGAGAAGGUCCGCUGGAAGUUCAUCAAGCGCUGGAAAACCCGCUACUUCACUCUGGCAGGAAAUCAGCUCCUCUUCCGCAGGGGCAAAUCAAAAGAGGAGCUGGACGAUAUUCCUAUUGAACUGAGCAAGGUCCAGAGUGUGAAGGUUGUGGCAAAGAAGCGUCGGGAUCGGGGUCUGCCACGGGCCUUUGAGAUCUUCACUGACAGUAAAACAUAUGUGUUGAAGGCGCAGGAUGAGAAACACGCCAAAGAGUGGCUUCAGUGCAUCAACGUGGCUGUGGCUCAGGCCAGAGAGCGGGAGAACAGAGAGGCCACCACCUACCUGUGAGAGGAGCAACAACAGAGAGUAGGCAGACCGCUCACCGUGCACAUGAUGUAAGCACACAGGAUCACAUUUUACUCAGCUGCAGGAGGUCACGUUUCAUCAUUUAUAAAUAUCACCAGCAGCAGUAAGAAUAAAUUAUCAAGUGCUGUCUGCAGCAUCGAUUCUGCAACCGUUUAUACACCAAGUCAGUCUAAAUUAUGGCAAAAAAAAAAACCUCAUGUGGUGGAUUUCCUCCCAGAAUGACACCAGCACUUUGCUGUUACACUGUUGAAUUGCUCAUUGUGUGAUACACUGACAGCAGGAUGAUUUUAUCUGAACAGUAAAAAAGUGUUGAAUGUCAAGAAGAAUCUCUCCUGUCUGCACCUCUAUGAAGUGAACAGAACCAACAUACUAGGCAGAAACAUUUGGAGACUUUUAAUGAAGCAGGAACAAGAGUGAUCUGUGCUGUGACAAAACACAAACCUCAAAUGUAGUGAACAGCAUGUGUCUGAAAUCCAGGACAGAUGAAGAAGAGGCUAAUGGAGAGCAGAUGCAUGUUUUAUAGUGUGUGGAGUGGAAUGAUAACAUGCACAGUCGUCAUAUGUGAAAUAUGAUUAUACACAGUCAGACCAGUGUUUCUUCAUGUUUCCUCCUCUGUG